UGUGACCUGGUGUAUUCUGCAGCAGCUCACAAAUACCAUGUUUGACCUUGUUCUGGGGGUUUUCUGCAGGUCCAGAUGGAAGCUUGGAAUUUGGAACUAUUAAUGUCCUGGAUCAUGUGAAGAAAGUCCUGACUCUAAAGAACAAAGGGCUAUACAACAUUGGGUACCGUUUCGUGCUGAAGGGUGCAGGUCUCAGGAUGCAAGAUUUGACAUCCCACUUCACUGUUGAGCCUCAGUCGGGCAUGCUGAUUGCCUCCCAGCCUGGUGUGAAUAUUGAGAUGCUCUUCCAGCCCAAAAGGGAAAUGCUCCUCAAGAACAAACGCAUCCUGUACUGCCAGGUGACAGAUGCCAGGUCAAGGAAAGGAGGCCAGACUGUUGCCACCAUCCCACUGAGAGUGUUGGCGAAAGCUGUGUACAGCAAGUACAGUAUUGAGCCUGCUCCACCCAUCAACUUUGGGGCCAUGAUCAGGGGCGCCAGGAAGACCCAGAUUGUCGUGCUGGAGAACAAAGGCAUGCUCAACUUCAAAUUCCGCAUCCACCAAGCCCCCAGGGAUGCAUCUGCAAGUUCAAAGCAAGGGAAAUCUGCUGCAUCGGCUACAAAGCUGAAAUCAAGCUCCUCACAGGAUCACCUCACUCUUGGCAUGUUCAUGGUGUCCCCCUGCUCUGGCUCCAUCGCUCCAUGGGGCCAACAGAAGAUCACCGUGGAUUGCCUUGCUGGGCAGGAGGGGACAUGUGAGGAGCAGCUCUACAUUGACAUCACGGGCAGAGACCCCAAGGACAAUCCCCUGGGCAUUCCCUUUACCCUGAUUGCUGAGUCCUGCCUCCCAGCAUUUAUUGAGGAUGUCAUGUUAACUUUUGAGGAGUACCCGAUCUGCAGCAGCACCAACCUCAGCCACAAGCUGCAGUCAGUGAAAGGCACAGGCCUGUUUGUCAGAGACGAGAACAAAUUUGUCUUCACCAAAGUUCUGGUUGGGCAAGAGUCUGAAGCUCAUUUCAAUAUCUACAGUGCAAGUGGUCUGCCAUGUGACGUGGUCCUCUCCAUCAAACCCCUGCCUGGAAAGGUGAAAAGCCAUAUCAACAACAUUUUCAAGUUGUAUCCAGCCACGAUGUCCAUUCCCGGCUCAUCCAAGGCUGUUGGUACGGUGACCUUCACCCCACCGGAUCAGCAGAACUAUGACUGCACUUUCAAAGGCUUCCCUUGUCAUCCCAAAAAGCCUCACAGCAUUGCAGAGAUUCCAGUUGUGAUCGAAGUCCAAACAUGGGGCAAGCAUCGGACCGAUGGUCUUAUCGGCGUGUUUGGGGAUCAUAAAAACCCACGGAGUAUAAUAUUACGGAGCUCUGGACAGCUGGCAGACAUCUACACAGUUCCAAGAGAUAUAGAGUUUGGCAAGAUCCGAGCACUAGAGACUAAUUCACAAUGUUUAACCCUCUUCAACGAAGGUCUUGACCCUGUAGACUUCAGGAUAUAGGUGCAUUUAUUGAGGAUGUCAUGUUAACUUUUGAGGAGUACCCGAUCUGCAGCAGCACCAACCUCAGCCACAAGCUGCAGUCAGUGAAAGGCACAGGCCUGUUUGUCAGAGAUGAGAACAAAUUUGUCUUCACCAGAGUUCUGGUUGGGCAAGAGUCUGAAGCUCAUUUCAAUAUCUACAAUGCAAGUGGUCUGCCAUGUGACGUGGUCCUCUCCAUCAAACCCCUGCCUGGAAAGGUGAAAAGCCAUAUCAACAACAUUUUCAAGUUGUAUCCAGCCACGAUGUCCAUUCCCGGCUCAUCCAAGGCUGUUGGUACGGUGACCUUCACCCCACCGGACCAGCAGAACUAUGACUGCACUUUCAAGGCUUCCCUUGUCAUCCCAAAAAGGUAACUGACCCUGUGAAAUAUUGGGACAGGCCUCACUGAAAGCUGCCUCUCCACUGGGAAGGCACAGAUCUCUUGUUAGCUCUAAUGCUUUCAGUAGCCUUAGGCAGAGUACUUGGCGUGAGUUGAUCUCGGAGGCAGUAACUGUUGGAGCACAAUAAUGAGGCUGAUGGUUUAGCCUGUAGGAGGAACCAUGAAGAAAGGGAAAUAUUAGGUAGCCAACUGGAAGUUACUGAGAUGUGCUGCAGCUGAGCUGCAGGUUUCCAAGUACAAAGGCUUAGAUGAAGCAGUUUUGAUGCCAGCAAGUCAGCAGUCACAAGUUCCUCUUUGUUUCUGUAAAAUUAAGUGAUCCUCUGUAAUUCCCUGACGUUCAUUAAGCUGUUUUAUGUGAGAGAUUGGACCUGGUAUGAAAGAAGAGCCCAGUUCCUCUGCCCUGGGACCUGCGGGGCUUUGACUUGCCCUUCCUCAACCCUUUAGUGGCUGAAUUGGAACAAGAGAAGUCUUAAUUGCUAAUAAGCAAUUGCUUUUUUACUGUUCUUGGAAAUGAUCUUUACUGGUGGUGACGAUGAUUUGGUUUUGCCUUCUUGCUUUUUUGUACUGCUUUCCUACUGUGCUUUUGCUUGUUGCAUAUGUCUCAUCUCACUGCAGCCAGGGGAUUUGCCAUAUCUCAUCUAGUGCCUCAUUAUUUACCUGCUGUACUGCAUGAUUCAAUUAAGUGAAAUUAUUAACUGUUAUUGUGGAAGGCUCUGGCUCUUUGGAGCAGAUUCCUCUUGUGAAUGGCCGUGCGUGGAUUGGGAAGAGGCUGGUGGGGAUCUGUCUUGUGGGGUACAGGAGUAGCAGGCAGGGAAAACAUUGUGGGUGGCCCGUGCUGCUUCACUGGCCCAGUGAAA